AUGGACAUAUAUCCAGCCCCGCUCGGUAUAAUAGUACUAGUAGUAAUCACCGAUCGGAGCGGAUUUUACGGGCACCCAGACGGCGUACAGGCGGAGGAUGAACAAGCCGAGGCGGCCGCGGCAGCAGCUGGACAGACAGGGGCUGUUCGUGGUGCUGGCCAUGGCCGCAGCAGGGACCGUCAUCUGGCUGUGCCAGGACCUGCUCGGUACGUGCCGAACUGGAGAAAGUCUCGCUGCAAGACGGACUUCUGGAAGACGAACUCUUCGUUUCGCCAAGAAAUCUUGGUCAUGAGGAACGUCAACUCCGUCACCGGGAAUGUCGUGAAGGACAAGAAGGAGAGAUACGGAGCCAUUCGGAAUUACGUCAGGUACAGACAGAGUUUUCACAGUGGUGCCUUCUUUGUUCACGUGCCGGGAUUUUACGACGCGGUUCAUCAGCUGCAGGCGGGCUUCUGCAGCAAGACGGGAACCUGCAGCAAGAGGAGGAGCUCAACCUCCGGGUUCCUGGGUGUGUUGAUGAUGAUGCAUAUCUGCGACUGGGUCACCCUGUACGAGAUGGUACCGUCCGUUGCCGGGCAACGGGACAAGCGGGAGUACUACUGGGAUGACGUCAAGGUGCGGACGGGCGGCGCGCGGGAGAGCACGCACUCCUACUCCGCCGACAGGACCGUCAUGCGGAACCUGGCCGUCACGGACUCCAAACAGAUCGACUCUACAGGACGGGCCACCCUAAAGGGCUUCAGUCAAGUCAACUGUGACUAGAUUUAAUCUCCAAGCAGA